AGUUUCUCUGGAGUGCGACUUCAUUAGAAAGGGAGUUUGGUGAAGGAAUGGAGAGAGAGAUGGCGACGGAUGUCGCGGCGAAGGAGAAGGGGGAGAAGAGGUCGAGGUUUAGCAGGAUCUGCGUCUACUGUGGGAGUCAGCCGGGGAAGAAGGCGAGCUACCGGCAGGCCGCUAUCGAUCUCGGGAAGGAACUGGUAGAAAGGGGCAUAGACUUGGUGUAUGGAGGAGGGAGCAUUGGAUUGAUGGGCCUGGUUUCGCAUGCAGUCCAUGAUGGAGGGCGCCAUGUCCUAGGAGUUAUUCCCAAACCAUUGAUGCCAAAGGAGUUAACUGGUAUGCCUGUGGGAGAAGUCAGAGCUGUAUCAGAUAUGCAUGAGAGAAAAGCUGAGAUGGCUCGUGAAGCGGAUGCUUUCAUUGCUUUGCCUGGUGGGUAUGGUACGCUUGAGGAACUGCUUGAGGUCAUUACAUGGUAUCAGCUUGGAAUUCACAAGAAGCCGGUUGGUCUGCUGAAUGUGGAUGGCUUUUACAAUUCACUGUUGUCAUUCAUUGAUAUGGCUGUUGACGAAGGGUUUAUAUCCCAAAACGCUCGUAGCAUCAUCAUUUCGGCCCCAUCAGUCAAGGAGUUGAUCAGGAUGUUGGAGGAAUACGAAUCAGACUAUGAAGUGAAUCUUGUUUGGGAGACUGAGCAGAAGCUGGAGCGUGAAUCUAACUUGGUUUGGGAGGCUGAGCAGAAGCCUUUGAAUUUUGUAUUGCUGCCUGAUUGUUCACCAUGACCACACCCCUUUUUGGCCGGGACAAAUUUCUUGAAGAAAAUUAUUUAGGUGUAUUAAGAAUACUUUGUAUGCUAAUAUAUAUUUUGAUAUAUGGACAAAAUUUAUGUAGAUUGUAUUGUUAGCAAUUCAUCUGUCGUCAAAUGUGAACAAGGUUUCUUCUUUCAGAUAAAAAGAGGGGUAUGCCGACCGAUGUGUGAAUUGUUGAAUUUAAUUAGAACUGUGAGCAAAUCCAGGUUGUUUCCAUUCUUU